AUGGGUUUCGCCGCAAAGCUCGCCGCUGCUCAACAAAACCAAAGCCAGACUAUGUCGUCGAAUACAGGCAACAACUCGGGCACUUAUGGCGGUGCUCCGCCAUCCGGAUACACUGGAGGACCUCCUCCCCCUGCAGCACUGCGGCCUGGUGGAUACCCGCAGGGGCAACAACAGCAGCAGCAACCAUCGCAGUACCAGGCUUACCCAGGAUCGCCGCCACCUGCUCAAGGAUCGGUAAGCUACCUCCCUUGA